AUGGUUAGGCGCAGUCUUGACGUGGACGCAGAGUACACCGAAGCCUUCCACACAAAGUCGUUCCUCAACAUCUGGGCCGAAGCCCACGAACAGCCGAAGCCCACCCCAUCCCCAACUAACUUCCAGCCCAACACCAACAGCUGCCCACUCCCCAACUUCCUCCUCGAGCCCACCCAGUCCUCACUCCUCGCUGCCGCUACGGUUUCCGGCGGCGGCGCAGCUCUCCUCGAUUACCUCGACGCUACCCUCCAAUCCUCCUCCGCCUGCGCCGUUCUCCUCACCGCCAUUAACCGCACUCGCUCCAUCGACCGCUCCGUUCGGCACCACCUCCACCGCCAUGCAGGCGGCGGCUCUGCAGCUGCCGAUCUCUCCGCCUACAUCGAUCUCGGCAACCCGUUAUCAUCACAGAAUCUUUCCCCAUUUCACCGGACCCACUCGCUCUACCCUCCGCUCCUAGCCCGCCUCACCGAAGAGCGGCGGCGAAUUCGCCGCGCCGCUCGGGCUUUGCGCGCAGCAAAAAAAGCGGCCGGAAUUGUCAUCAUUGCCGCAGUGGGAACGGCGGCGGUGGUGGCUGCAGUAAUAUUGACGCACGCGGCGGCAGCGUUGGUGGCGGUGGCGGCGGUACCGGCUUUGUCUGCCGGUUGCCGGAGAAGGUGGAGGCGGUGGGUGAGCGUGAAGUGGAUGGAGAAAGCGGGAAGGAAGGUGGAUGCGGCGGCGAGAGGGGCUUAUAUUGUUGGGAGAGAUAUGGAUACAGUGAGUAGGAUGGUGAGGCGGGUGCACGAUGAGAUGGAGCACAGGCGGGACGUGGUGAGGUUGAUGUUGAAGAGUGGGGAUGAAGGGGAGAUGGCGAGGGAGGUUGUGAGGGAAUUGGAAAUGGGAGAAGUUGGGUUUGAAGAGCAGAUCGAGGAGUUGGAGGAGCACGUCUACCUUUGUUUGCUUACUAUAAACCGAAGCAGGAGGUUGGUGCAUGCCUCAUCCAUGCAUUAA